CACACAAUCUCACAGACAGUGCGAGAAUUUCAGUUUGAUUUUGGUGGAAGGAAAAGGGUCUGAGUUCACGCGGUAAAUCUGCCUCGCUGCAGGUAAAAGCACUGCGAAGCGCCACGCCAGGAGAUAUGGAAGGUAUGGUGCAGUCCCGUUCUUUACAGAUGAGGAUGCGUAAUUCUGUUCAGAAUCAGGGCGUUAAACAGACUUUUAAGAAGAAGAAAUCUAACUCUGUGAAUAAGAAGUCUGUGGCUGAAACAUACUGCCAGACUGUGACUAUGCAGAUUAAAACAGAGGACAUUCCUGCUGAAGGCCUGACCAUAAGCAACCAUAGCCAAAAUGGCACUGGACCAUACUGUGACCAGCCAACUCUGCAAUGUCCACAGACUCCAAACGCAACAUUAGUGUAUUCUACUGAACUUGGAGAUCCCCCUUUGCUUCGACAGCCACAGCCCACCACUAUGACUGGAAUUCAGCAAAUCAUUGAAUGUUUUCGCUCAGGUACAGUUCGGGCUAAACUCACGCUCCUGAAAGAGGUGGACACCAUUUUUGAGUGUCAACUUUGCAGAAGUCUUUUCCGUGGUAUUCCUAAUUUGCUUGAACACAGGCAGUCCUACUGCUUGUCCAGGCAUCCAGAACCAGAAGACCCAUCUCAAGUAAUGAAAGACCUACUAGAGGCUGUAUUCCCUCAAACAGAUUGUCAGGAAUCGCCUCUUGAAGUCAUUGAUGAACCUGUGUAUAGGGACCAGACUCCGGCACCAGUUCCUGAUUCCCAGCAGCAAAACCCUACGUUAUGGAAACUGUGUGGCCGUGAACCUGUCGUGGUCCUCAGAAGGGUUCAUCAGCUGCAGCAUACUUUAUCUGUUACAGUAGAUUCAGUUUCCCAGGAAAGAGGGGGCCGUGAGCAAAUUGACAGGGAGGCUAAUUGUGGAGAGGGUUCUCUCUCACGUGCACAGGACACAAUGUCAUCACCAAAAAAUGAUCUAGAAUUAAACAGUACGUUUCAAUCAAAUGUCAAAAAGCAGCGUUACUCCACCCGUAAGGCUGUAGGAUUGAAAGAUGGAGAAAAAGAUAGCAGUAGAGUGAACAGGAGAAAGAUCAUUCGGCAACAAACUCCGGUGAUUGAACGUAAUGUCAGAGCAUUACGAAAAGACACUGCGAAGAAAGCCAAAUCCAUGCUUGGACCUGAGAGUAUGAAGGGAGAAAGAGGAGAAGCCAGUAAGAAGGAGCACCUGUCUGCUGGCAAAAUGUGUUCUGUAGGCCAAAGGUCUCCUGACAAGGAACCAAAAGCUCAUGGCAACUCUAAUGAGGUACAGUGUAACAGUUCGCAAGAUGGCACCACACCUGCAUCUACUGCACAGCCUGACCAACACCUCUCCACUUCGACUACACCCGUUCCUCAGAAACAACUAAAUUCAAAGCCUAAUACAGCGGAUGUUUCCCCCAAAGGACAGCGUGUCAUCCCCUGGAUGAAGGACUUGUUUUACUGCGGCCUGUGCAAGUGUAAGUACAGCUCCCAGGUGCUGCUGAUGAAACACAUGAGCAUCGCCCACAAGUUCCUACUGUUGGGAAACAGCCCUGCAGCGAGCCGCACCCCCCCUUCAAGGGGAGCAAAAACAAAAGUUAAACCUGAAGAUAAGGCUUUUGUGAGGGUCUACUGUUGGUUUUGUGGAAAGCCCUUCUUUACAAAGAAGGCAGUGCGCCGUCACUGUCACAGAGACCACAGACAAAAACUGCAGGAGAUUAAUGUGCUUUUAAAGCAAGACACAGGCAAUAGUCUUGUCCGUGAGCUGCAAUCCUUGGAAAGUGGUUUUGUUGCCAGACACACACCACCAGCACCUUCGCUCCAAGCAAGAUAGAUAGCCUAAGCAGCCUUCCACAGUACUAAACUCAGCUAACAGAUGUAGUGUGAACGGUGAAGUGAAGAGAAAAAAAAAACAAAAAACAAAAAAACACAACAGUGACUCUGUCUAUGUGAAGAUGAAGGUUAUACGAAUUAUAGAAAUGAUUCUUUAAAAAAGGGCAGUGUCAAAUUUUUUUUAUAAUUUCUAGUAAUUCAACAUGUUACAGAUAUUUGUAAAUGCUUACAUUUUUAUUACAGUUACAUUUUUGUGGUUGUUGUGAUUGUUGUUGUUUUUGAUGAUAAAUAUUAGUAAAAACAUUUUUUAUCUUUUUUGGAAAACAAGUACGUACUUCCAUAGCAUAUUUAGCAUAUGGAUUCUUGCCCAAGGUUUAUUGGUGCGGCCUUUGUAAUACUUAAGCUGUUUGAAGUUAUUGCUAAUACGAGUUAUGUCUUUAAGGAGAAAUAAAACUUGUCUUGUUUCAUUAUCGAUAGAAC